AUGGACCUCCGACCGAAAGGCAAGAAGGACGACCAAAACGCCGUUGAUUCCCAAGAUAACGAUAAUGCUACAGCUAGCAAGAUUAGCAUUAGCCCUCAUAACUCAGACGACAGUUCCAGACUGUUGCUCUCAGCAGACUCUUACGAGCAUGCCGUCAUGCUUGCUACUCUCCUCCUGGAAAUUCAAGAUGGUUUUGUGCAGCCAGCUGAAGUGAGGAUAGUUCUGGUGGGGAAGACUGGAGCAGGGAAGAGUUCAACAGGAAACACCAUCCUGGAGAGAGAGUUGUUUACUUCUGACAUGAGUCCAAAUCCAGUGACUGAAAAGUGUGAGAAACAGAGUGGAGUGGUUGAUGGGAGGAAGAUUGUUGUCAUCGACACUCCUGGGAUCAGUGACAUAUCAUUGACAGACACAUAUUUGAUUUAUAAAAUGUGGAAACAGUUUUGGAGAACAGAUAAAGUAGAAAUAGAGAGAUGCAUCAAGAUGUCAGUCCCAGGACCCCAUGUGUUCCUGCUGGUGAUCAGACUGGAUAGAUACACAGAGGAGCAAAGAAAAGCUGUGGAGUACAUCCAGGACAACUAUGGAAAAGGGGCCUCUGACUACACUAUGGUAUUAUUCACUGGUGCAGAUCAGCUGGAGGGAAAAUCAGCAAAGGAGUUUCUGAAGGAGAGUCAGGAACUUCACACACUGGUCAAAAGCUGUGGAGGAAGAUAUCAUGUCUUUAACAACAGAGAGCAGAGAGACCGUACCCAGGUCAGAGUGCUGCUGAGGAAGAUAGAGGAGAUGGUGAAGCGUAAUGGAGGAAAACACUACACCAAUGAGAUGUAUGAGAAGGCUCAGAAAGAGAUCAGGAACAGACAGUUGUUAGAGUUGGGUGUAGGAGUUGGCUGCAGAGCUAUAGCAUUAGGAGUAGGUCUAGAAGCCCAAAAAAUGGUUUCAUUAUAG